UUGAAUCGCUGUGCCGCUGUCCGAGAUACCGAUGGUGUUGUCCGUAUUGCAAAACCGCAACUCCGUCGCCUGUAGCUCCGACGGUCAUCGACUAACAACCUGGUCACCCAGAAAUUGGUGAGAUUUAGAAAGAUCUUCGCUGUGAUAGCCAAUUAGAGAAGAAGGAGUCUCCCAAACUCACCGUCAUCAUGGGUAUCCUCGAUAAGAUCUCCGACAUCGAGAAGGAAAUUGCCAAAACACAGAAAAAUAAAGCGACGGAGUAUCAUCUCGGGUUGCUGAAAGCAAAACUCGCCAAGUACCGCUCGCAACUGCUGGAACCGUCGAAAAAGGGCGAGAAGGGCGAAGGGUUCGAUGUGCUCAAGUCGGGAGAUGCGCGUAUCGCGCUGAUCGGUUUCCCGUCCGUCGGCAAAUCGACCCUUCUGUCGACGCUGACCAAAACCGAGAGCGAAGCGGCCAACUACGAGUUCACCACGCUAACGUGCAUCCCGGGUGUGAUCGACUACAAGGGCGCCAACAUACAGCUGCUCGAUCUGCCCGGUAUCAUCGAGGGGGCGUCGCAAGGUAAAGGCCGCGGCCGGCAGGUGAUAGCGGUAGCACGCACCGCCGACCUGGUGCUGAUGAUGCUAGACGCAACGAAGCCGAACGUGCACCGCGAUCUGCUCGAGUACGAGCUCGAGUCGGUCGGCCUGCGGCUAAACAAACGGAAGCCGAACAUCUACUUCAAGAUCAAGAAGGGCGGCGGCCUUAGCUUCAACGCCACCUGCACGCUGACGCGAUGCAACGAAAAGAUGGUCCAAACGAUACUGCACUCAUUCAAAAUCUUCAACGCGGAGGUGCUGUUCCGGGAGGACUGCACCGAGGACGAGUUCAUCGACGUGGUGACCGGCAACCGAAUCUACGUGCCGUGUAUCUACGUGUACAACAAGAUCGAUCAGAUCUCGAUCGAGGAAGUGGAUCGGCUGGCUCGCCAACCCUUCUCGGUCGUCGUUAGCUGCAACAUGCACCUCAAUCUGGACUACUUGCUCGAGGUACUGUGGGAACACCUGCAGUUGAUUCGCGUAUACACCAAGAAACCGGGAGCGCCGCCCGACUUUGAUGACGGUCUCAUCUUGCGCAAGGGCGUCUCGGUGGAGCACGUGUGCCAUGCCAUCCAUCGCACACUGGCCGCCGCGUUCAAGUAUGCGCUUGUAUGGGGUACCUCGACCAAGUACUCGCCGCAGCGGGUUGGCAUCUCGCACGUCAUGAGCGACGAGGAUGUCAUUCAGGUUGUUAAAAAGUAGGGCGCACCGGUUGGUUUUGUUCAUUUCUGGCGUUUUCGACGGUUUGGUUUUUCUUCGCGACUCGGUCGGAACACAGAUUCGAUUACAAUAUAAGCGCAAACGUGUAACACAACGGAGCACGGAUGUUGAUUUCUUUCGCCCAAAACAAUGCGCAAAUUGCGAUUUUCUUCCUCCAAUCCUGAUGAUAUAUUUACACACUCGAUUCUUCCCCUGCGAAUGGUUCUCCUAUUUUCCACCACCAAAAAUUUUGUUGCACUGUCCUCGCGAGCUGCCGUUCAUCCUACCCACACAUGUUAUAAUAUUUUUGGAGAUUGAUUAUAAAUGAUAGUCAGCAUGUUUGGCUGCAUGUGAAACUUGCUCGCUGCUGCUGCUUAGGAUUAAAUGUGAAGAGAUUUGUCUUGCCGCUCGUGUAUGCACAUCGAUAUCGUGUGUAGCUGCGCUUCUUUGGUGGGUCCUAACACUCCUUUCCCUC